GGAUUUUUGAUUUCGACAUUCGAUAUGGCCUUUCCAGUGAUUGCUAUUUUCGUUGUUCUCUUAGUAGGACACUGCUACGGCGGUGACACUUACAAAGACAACGUAGAUUUCACUGACUUUUCAUGGGUACAGGACAGUUAUCCUUCAAUGGUAAGGGAUAGAAAGGAAACUAUAGAAGAUGUAGCUCCACCAGGUGCAGAAUGGGCUGAUGUCAAUCGUACCUUUGAGGAAAUGGUGCAAGCAAGAGGUUUCCCUGUUGAAACACAUACCGUUACGACAGAAGAUGGCUACAUUUUGACUUUGCACAGAAUUCCUUAUGGAAGAAGUGGCCCAUCAGAAAACAGACCAGCAGUUUUUGUCAUGCAUGGAUUAUUGUCAUCAUCAGCAGAUUGGAUUAUUUCCGGAGUUGACAAAGGACUCGCAUAUUUAUUGGCAGACAAAGGAUACGACGUUUGGUUAGGAAAUGCUAGAGGCAAUACAAAUUGUCGAAAUCAUGUAAAUCUAGAUAUCAAAGAAGAUAAGGAAGACUUUUGGAAUUUUAGCUGGCAUGAAAUCGGUUAUUACGAUCUUCCUGCUAUGAUUGACUAUGUCUUGGAAGAAACGAAACAAGACAAAAUAUUCCAUAUAGGACAUUCCCAAGGAACAACUUCGUUUUAUGUGAUGGCUUCUUCGAGACCUGAAUACAAUGCCAAGAUUCGAGCUCAUUUCAGCUUAUCACCUGUCGUUUAUAUGAACCAUUUGGUCAGCCCCAUGCUUCGUAUGGCCGCUUUAGUUGACCGUCCUUUACAAAAUUUCCUGGACCUUGUUGGGGUUUAUGAAUUUUUACCCAGUAGUGAAUUAUUGAGUAAUUUUGCCAUCCAAUUUUGCGCUGAUGAUGCAAUAACUCAAUUUUUGUGCAAAGAUGCUCUUUUUGCCCUUUGUGGCUUUAGCCGUAAACAGAUGAAUGCAACUUUAUUGCCAAUAUUAGUAGCUCAUACUCCCGCCGGAUCAUCUACAAGACAAUUAGUACACUAUGGUCAAGAAAUUAAUUCUGGUCGUUUUCGUAGAUAUGAUAAAGGUUUACUUGGUAACAAAGCAUCGUAUGGUUCAACAAAACCCCCGAAUUAUGAUCUUAAAAAGGUCACAACCCCCGUAUACUUUUUCUACAGUACAAAUGAUUGGAUGUCUGCUGAAACCGACGUUUUAAAAUUAGAAAAAUUAUUACCCAACUUUAAAGGGAAAUUCUUAAAUCCAGAUCCUAAAUGGAAUCAUUUGGAUUACGUUUAUGGAAUUGAUGCUGCUAAAUACGUUUAUACACGAGUCAUAAGCUUAAUGUCCCGACAUUAAACAAAAUGAGGACUACACUUCAAAAACGAUGAGGGUCACGUUGUUGGGUAGGGAUAGCGAUAUCAAAAACAAACUUAAUGCUAUUACAAUACACCAACAAAGGUAAUAAAAUUUAGUGUCUAUGAGGAAAACGCUGAACAUCUGCAAAAACUUUGCAAAGUCGAUGAAUUUCAUGUAUAAAAAUAUUUUUCCUGUUUUUAACUCACUAAGUGACUCCUCAUUAUUUUUGCAGUGUGCUCUUCGAAUAUUACCAUUAAAAAAAAUACGCACUAAAUAAAUCGUAUUCUUCUAUUAUUUGAAGAUAUUUAAGCGAUUA